AUGAAUGUUCUUGGUUUAAUAUCAGGAGGAAAAGAUAGUAUACAAAAUCUUUGUUAUUGCCAUAAAAAUGGUCAUACAAUUAUUGCCUUAGCACAUUUAAUUCCUUAUGAAUAUCAGAAUGAAACGGACAGUUUUAUGUAUCAAAGUGCGGGAUUUGAAUUAGUCCCUUCUAUUGCGAGAUGUAUGGAAAAACCAUUAAUUCAGCAUGAAAUUAAAAGAAAAGCAAUUAAACUUGAUUUAGCGUAUACUUAUGAUCCAAAUGAUGAAGUGGAAGAUCUUUUUGAAUUAAUAUAUAAAGCAAAAACACAAUUCCCAAGUAUUAAUGCAGUAUCUUGUGGCGCCAUAAAAUCAACUUAUCAAAAAAAGAGAUUAGAACAUGUAUGUGAAAGAUUGAAUUUAGACAUUUUAACAUAUUUAUGGGAUCGAGACCAGAAAGAAAUUCUUGAAGGUAUGAUAAAUGAUGGAGUAGAAGCAAUACUAGUUAAAAUUGCAUCAUAUGGAUUAAAAAAGGAACAUGUUGGAAAAUCAAUAAAAGAAAUGUAUGAAUAUUUAAAAAUGAUCAGCGAGAAGUAUGGCUUGAAUAUUUGUGGAGAAGGAGGAGAAUAUGAAACAGCUACUUUGGAUUGUCCUCUUUUUAAACAUAAAAUUAUAAUUGAAGAUUAUGAAAUAAUACAACACACUGAUGAUUUAGUAAGCCCAGUGUUUUUAUUUAAGCCUUUGAAAUGGAAAUUAGAAAAAAAAUAA